AUUAGGCUAUGAACUACAUCUCCCACGAUGCAUUGAGCGGGGUUACAGGUUAUCAGGACUUGUGUAGUGGUCCACGGCAACUGCACCCUUCUUUCUCCAACAAAUAAGAACCUUGCACCUAAUAUUGUGUAAUAUUGGGUAUCUAAGCAACAAAGAUAUGAGGGCAGUUGGUCUGCCAGUGUGCAAACAGUGCGCAUGAGCGCUGUUCCGGACGAAAACCCCGCUGGAAACAAUCAAGCUAGGCUGCUGGACUGCUGCGGAGGACUCAACAACGUCGAUUAUUCGAAGAUGGACGUGACGCCGAUGGAAGGACUCCUAAAACUCAUCCACUUCGGGGACGCCAGCUUUUGCAUCGCUGUGAUCGCCAUCAUCUUCAACCCUUUGUUCUGGAAUGUGGUGUCGAGGUGGGAGCAUCGGACACGGACCCUCUCCAGGCUCUUUGGGGGCCCCUACCUGGCCUGUUACUUCCUGGGCUUCAUCAUCAUUCUGCUCAACGUGUACCGAAGCCACAGUAUGACGGUGGCGAUGAAGGCCCAGGCCAGGUGGGAGGUGAUGGACAGGACAGAUGUCUUCUACGUGGGUGCAGGUCUCAUGGUGCUGGGCACCGUGCUGGUGGUUGGCAGCUUCCUGGCUCUGGGAUUCACUGGUACCUUCCUAGGUGAUUACUUUGGCAUCCUGAUGGAUGAGAAGGUGACAGGCUUUCCCUUCAACAUCAUAGAGAACCCAAUGUACUGGGGCAGCACUGCCAACUACCUCGGCCUGGCCCUCAUCGGUGCUAGUCCGGCUGGUCUCGUCCUGACUGCCAUAGUAGCUUUGUCUUACAAAGUGGCGAUACGAUUUGAGGGACCAUUCACGGAGCAGAUCUAUCAGGAGAGGAGUCAGCGCCGCAAGCAGGAAUAAACACCUCCUGGUCCCGGUUUGGCCGAGGAUUCCCGUCCUAUCACAGAGACAGACAAACGGAUCUAAGACCGACUAACCAACAGGGUUGGACGCCACAUGGGGCCAUUUUUCGGAUGUAAUUUUGGACCACAUGGUUAUGAUAAUAGUUUGAUAUUCAUUUUCUUUCUUGUUGAGAAUCAACAACAUUGAGUAGAUUGAUAUCACUGGACAUGAGAGUUAGUGCUACGAUGCGAGGAUAAAAAACAUCUGUGCAUCUUGUUGCGUUAACAUAUUUUAUUUCUAUACAUCUUUUUUUUUUCUCAUUUUGUGACUAUUUGACACAUGUAAUAUGCCAUAGUUAAAUGAAACAGCUUCAUUUACUACCAUUAUCUUUUUAUGGUUGUUAGACUCAAUUAGCAUUAGGGAUGUAAAUGAAAAACAUAUGUAUUAGUUUUGCAUUUACAUCGACAUCUACUCACAUUUACAAAAAAGUUAAACAUUC